AUGAAGAAGGACCAGACAAGAACAAGAACAAGAACAAGAACAAGAACAAGAACAAGAACAAGAACAAGAACAAGAACAAGAACAAGAACAAGAACAAGAACAAGAACAAGAACAAGAACAAGAACAAGAACAAGAACAAGAACAAGAACAAGAACAAGAACAAGAACAAGAACAAGAACAAGAACAAGAACAAGAACAAGAACAAGAACAAGAACAAGAACAAGAACAAGAACAAGAACAAGAACAAGAACAAGAACAAGAACAAGAACAAGAACAAGAACAAGAACAAGAACAAGAACAAGAACAAGAACAAGAACAAGAACAAGAACAAGAACAAGAACAAGAACAAGAACAAGAACAAGAACAAGAACAAGAACAAGAACAAGAACAAGAACAAGAACAAGAACAAGAACAAGAACAAGAACAAGAACAAGAACAAGAACAAGAACAAGAACAAGAACAAGAACAAGAACAAGAACAAGAACAAGAACAAGAACAAGAACAAGAACAAGAACAAGAACAAGAACAAGAACAAGAACAAGAACAAGAACAAGAACAAGAACAAGAACAAGAACAAGAACAAGAACAAGAACAAGAACAAGAACAAGAACAAGAACAAGAACAAGAACAAGAACAAGAACAAGAACAAGAACAAGAACAAGAACAAGACUUUAG